UUCAGUAACCUCACCACCAUUCUCAUCUCUUCAUGAUACAAAAACCUUUACAUGGUAUCUCGCCAAAGUGAAUAAUAAGAACAAAGAGAAAUAGAAUGAAGAGGAACAAUGUAAGACCCGAUCCCGACCGAUUAGGCCGCGGUCGACGCCUCACGUCGUUCGGUCCACUUCCUAAUCGAACCUCUUAAUUUUUCACUUUUUAUCUAUAAUAUCGCCCAGUGGCAAGGGUUAACUUAGAUCUUAGCUAAAGACUUUCUUAGUCAUUCAUAGCUUAGAUCCUUUCAACAGAUACGCAGCAGAUUAUUCUCUAAUUAACCAUUGGUCUAAAACCAAUUUAACACUUAUUUGGUCGAAUCACCUUAGAAUUGGUCAGUUUACUCAACUACCAAUUAGCUUAAAGGUCAAUCAUAAACCCAAACCAAGUCAGAUGAUUUUGAGGUUCCAUUCCCCUAAGCCAUUCUAUCUAGAUCUACACAAAAAAAUGUUAGAUUGUACCUUUGCCACAUGCACAAAACUUAUCAUCUCAUCGGUCCUCCAUUGACUCGAAUUGCUCUUACUUGACUACAGAACCAUUGAACUCAGUAAUUGAGAGAUGCAAUCUAAGUCUCACUUUGGAGAAUUAGACAAAAAGUGUCUAAUAUAUAAAGAGAAGUCUAACUCUAAUUAACACGAGACCUUUUGGGAAGGAGCCAAAAGUAAAUCCAUGCGGACCAGCUUCUUAGACCCAAAGUGAACAAUAUCGUACUAAUCGGAUAAUAUAGAGUUGGACAUGGGCUCACUAAAUUCUAACAAUUGGUAUCAGAGCGGUUUAACGAAGAUCUGCAAGAAGACCGAAAUACCCUUCGAGUAGGAAUGAGACUCUUCAAGGUGGAAGAUGAGGUUUGUGGCAGAAACUAGUCAAAAUAUCAUGGAACAUGUGAUGUUGUGGGAGGAUCAUCCUUAAUUCGCUGGAGGAAAGGACACGAGCUGAAUGUGAUCCUUAGUUUGAGGGGGAGAAUGAGAGAUGCAAUAUAAGUCCCACAUUGGAGAAUUAGACAAGGAGUAUCUAAUAUAUAAAUAGAAGUUCAACUCUAAUUAAUACGAGACCUUUUGGGAAUGAGCCAAAAAGUAAAUCCAUGCGGACCAAAAAGAUCAUUCUUUAUAUUGGCUUUAAUCCUAGUUAAAUGAAUCAAAAAGAAACGACGUCGUUUUCUCCUCAUAAACCCUAAAUUCCCAAAUCAUAAAAUCAGAAGCUCCAUUGACGAACAGAGCUCGAUUCUCUUCCAUUUCUUCGAGUGUCACACGAUGAGUUCGGGUUGUGAGGAUUCGUCUGUGAAUACGAUGGGUAUUCGUGGUAUCCCAGAGCAAUGCAGAUGUGGUCGAAGAACUGGGAUUUACACAUCAAAAACGAAGGAAAAUCCAGGAAGAACUUUUUUUAGAUGCCCAACGUUUCGAAAUGAUCACUUGUACAAAUGGGUAGAUGAAGCUGUCUACGAAGAGGUUCACGAUGCAUUGCCUAAAGUUGAUUGCUUUGCAUCGGAUUUGAGGAAGCUCAAAAUGGAGAUCGACAACCUCAAAAAUGUGGAGGAACAGCUGAAAGAAGAUGUCAAGAAGGCUAGCACUGAAGUUAAGAAGCUGAAUGUGAUCAUCAAACUGGGUUUUCUAGUGGCAUCAGUUUCAUGUAUUGUGUUCAUCAUGAGAAAAUAAGCACUAGGAAUGGUUGUCUUUGAAAUGAGUUGUCUUUGAAUAUGUCUUGUGUUUGAUUUGUGUGUUUGUGUAAUUCUAAUGGUUUCAAGACUCUUUAUGUUAUGGUUAAUGUAAGACUUGUUUA